UCGCCUGUGGCGUUUCUCGGUUGGCGAUCCGUAAUAUCGGAGUUCGGAAAGUGGGUGUUGCUCCCGUCAGCCGUCCAUCAGCUUGCAAUCAAACGCCAAGAGUAUCGCGCCAUAUCUAACGGGAGGGCGGAAUCGCAGAUAGGAAAUCUUGGCGAGCCACCCUCCGUGGGAGUCAUGUAUUGAUCUUGACUCAAAAAGCUAGCUUUACCCUCUGUCAAGAUGAUAGGGGGUCUAUUUGUUUACAACCACAAAGGAGAGGUGCUCAUCUCCCGAGUGUAUCGGGAUGAUAUUGGCCGUAACGCAGUGGAUGCAUUUCGCGUCAAUGUUAUCCAUGCGCGACAGCAAGUGCGCUCGCCUGUAACCAACAUUGCCAGAACAUCGUUUUUCCAUAUAAAACGCGCUAACAUUUGGUUAGCUGCUGUCACCAAACAAAAUGUUAACGCAGCGAUGGUAUUCGAGCUGCUGCUGAAGAUCAUAGAUGUUAUGCAAUCGUAUUUUGGCAAGAUUUCAGAAGAGAAUAUCAAAAAUAAUUUCGUGCUUAUUUACGAGCUGCUCGAUGAGAUACUUGACUUUGGAUAUCCACAGAACUGUGAUACGGGAGUGUUGAAGACAUUUAUCACUCAACAAGGAGUGAAAUCGGCCACCAAGGAAGAACAAGCUCAGAUAACAUCGCAAGUCACAGGUCAAAUCGGAUGGAGGCGAGAAGGUAUCAAGUACCGACGUAAUGAGCUCUUUUUGGAUGUACUUGAAUAUGUGAAUCUAUUGAUGAGCCCUCAGGGUCAGGUUCUUAGUGCGCAUGUUGCUGGAAAGGUGGUAAUGAAAUCCUAUUUGUCUGGUAUGCCAGAAUGCAAGUUUGGGAUUAACGACAAGAUUGUUAUGGAGGCUAAGGGCAUGAAAGGAGGCGGUGGAUUAGGAGGUGGCGGUGAUGAUCCCACAGGCGCUAGAUCCGGUAAACCGGUUGUUGUUAUUGAUGACUGCCAAUUCCAUCAGUGCGUUAAGCUUAGCAAAUUCGAGACCGAACAUUCCAUUAGUUUUAUACCACCGGAUGGUGAAUUCGAGCUGAUGAGAUACCGUACCACGAAGGAUAUAUCAUUGCCUUUCCGCGUAAUACCAUUAGUGCGCGAAGUAGGCCGAACGAAAAUGGAAGUUAAAGCGGUUCUGAAAUCAAACUUCAAGCCCUCGUUGCUGGGACAGAAGAUAGAAGUGCGCGUACCGACGCCGUUAAACACUGCCGGCGUACAACUGAUAUGUUUAAAGGGUAAGGCGAAAUACAAAGCAUCGGAGAACGCGAUUGUCUGGAAAAUCAAGCGCAUGGCUGGCAUGAAGGAGACACAGUUGUCCGCCGAGAUCGAUCUACUAGAGACGGACACGAAGAAGAAAUGGACGAGACCGCCGAUAUCAAUGAAUUUCGAGGUGCCAUUUGCCCCGUCUGGCUUCAAGGUGCGCUACUUGAAAGUUUUCGAGUCCAAAUUGAAUUACUCGGAUCACGAUGUGAUAAAAUGGGUUCGUUACAUUGGCCGUAGCGGCUUGUACGAGACGCGGUGUUAAUGAUUCCGAAUCUCGAUAUCGAGGCAUAAAUAAUUGUAAAGAAGUAAUCUCAUUGCAGAAGUCACGACUGCGAGUAUCGAUAUUGGCUAUUUCUCGUUAUUAUUUCAUUGUAGCGCAUAUUCGAAGCGACGAUUUGAAAUUCAACAAUUGUUCGAAUGGUUAAUUCCUAAUCGUGCACGAUACGUAGCGAUGGAAAAUGUAUCGAAAGAAGAAUUCCAUUAUCAGCACAAAAUUUCUGUAUAAUUGUAGGAAAUUUUUUUUUGUAUAUUAUAUAGCAUACUAGCAAAAGUGACAUUCGUUUUCAUUUAUUAGGAAAAAAUGCGAUAUUUAUAUUAGGAGAUAAUUUUCAAACGAAAAAAUAAAACUAGAUUCCCACUUGUGUGAAAAAGUGUUGAAUAUAUCAUGAUAAUCGGUACCAGGCAGAUUAUUUCCUUCGUGCCAAUUUUUCAGUCGUCCAUUUUAUUCACAUCGAUUCUUAGCCGUAAUGUCGCACCAUGCGUGGUGGAUGGUAUGAGCUAUAAUCAGAUUUUGUUAAUUUUUUGGAAAUGGAAAAUUUAUUACUGAAGAUAACGAUAAUUAGACAUAAUCAUGAAUUGUUUAUAUAUAUAUAUUUACUUGAAUCAUUUAAUGAGAUUUGUAUUUUCCUUUACUUCGUUUUUACACCGAAAUGAUCAUUACAAGUUUUUAGCAUAAUUCCACAAUCUAAGUAAUUAAAAAAUCUUGAUUCGCGCCUCUGGAAUUAAUACAGUUAUGAGGAUAAUCUAUAUUCAAGAAAUAUAAAUAUAUUUGUAGGAUUAUUAUACAUAACGAAUGUUUUUUUCGGAGCACAUUAUGAAUUUCUGUAUUAUAUAUGUAUUAAUAUAUAUCUAUAUACGCAAAUGAUAAUUAUUCAUUUUUUGUGUAACAAUAUAUGAAGUUACGGCCUCUUUGUUACUGGAGUUUGAGCGGAACUGACCAAAUCCUGUGUACUAGGGAUCAUUCGGUACAAGCUUGCGAUGCGCUCAAUGAAAUGUAGAAUGCUUUUAACCUGUUAUCCGUGCAUGAGAAUAAGAGUAGAAAGAAGCAUUGAUCGAUUGUACGAGCGUGAUUGAUUUCGUCUCUCUAAAAGAACGCUCGAAUGCGUAAUGAAAUAUAUGUGUAAAAUAAA